AUGCGCUGGUGCCGGUGUGCAGCCCAGCGGGGAUCAGUGCUGGCUACUUUCGAGAACAUAACGGGCGAGGAAGAAAAAGGCACGCCGGCCGGUGUUUCCGCCCGGUUUCGAACCGGGGACCUUUCGCGUGUUAGGCGAACGUACCCAAAAGAGCGUGGGAUUGUGACGUCCUGGGGAAACAGGGAGGCUGUGGGGAAGAAUGUCUAUGACUAUGACCUGAAGAUGAAAAGUAGUGAGCAGACAGCGAUUCUGACUGAGGCACUGCUUAACCCACUGGUUAACCGAGAGAAAAUGGCAGAGCUCUUCCCUGAGCACGCUGAUGUACCAGCUCUGUGCGUUAUCCAGGCCGUGCUCGCACUCUGUGCUUCAGGUCUCAGCACAGACUGUGUGAUGGACUCCGGUUACGGUGUCACCCACAGUGUACCAAUCUUUGAAGGCUACUGCUUGCCCCAUGGUAUUCUCCGGCUUGACCUGGACAGCUGUGAUCUUACGGAGCACCUAACACAGAUUCUGAAAGAAAGUGGCACUUCACAAGUCACCACAGCUGAGGAGCUACUUGCACAAGGCAUAAAAGAAAAAUUUUGUUACGUCUGCCUGAGCCUCGAGGAAGAGAUGACUAAGAAUCCCAGUGAGGUGGAAAAAACUUACCACCUUCCUGGUGGCUGUGAAAUUAUGGUUCAGAAUCAAAGGUUUCGUUGUCCUGAAACCCUCUUUUACCUUCCUAAUGUUGGCAUGGAGUCACCAGGGAUUGACAAGCUCCGCUCCAAUUCUAUCAUGAACGAAUCAUCAUCAUGA